AUGUAUGCCAUUCUCAAAGGCCUUUUUGGCAAAAAGGAGAUGCGAAUCCUGAUGGUUGGGUUGGAUGCUGCUGGUAAAACGACUAUAUUGUACAAGUUGAAACUUGGAGAGAUCGUCACCACUAUUCCAACCAUAGGUUUCAACGUCGAAACGGUCGAGUACAAAAACAUCUCUUUCACAGUGUGGGACGUCGGAGGUCAAGAUAAAAUUAGACCUUUGUGGAGGCACUACUUCCAAAAUACUCAGGGGCUUAUUUUCGUUGUCGAUUCAAAUGACCGUGAACGAGUCGGAGAGGCAAGAGAAGAACUUAUGCGUAUGCUUGCCGAGGACGAACUCAGGGAUGCUGUUCUGCUUGUUUUCGCCAAUAAACAGGACUUGCCGAAUGCUAUGAACGCAGCUGAGGUUACGGACAAGUUAGGUCUACACACUUUGAGAAACAGGUCGUGGUACAUACAGGCGACCUGUGCAACUUCGGGAGAUGGUCUCUAUGAAGGUCUUGAUUGGUUGAGCAACCAACUGAAGAACAGAGGAUAA